UUGAGCAUGUUGACAGUCGUGUAUUUUCAGUGGAUUCAAAGGUGAAACAGAAGAAAAUCCUAGUUGCCACUAUGAACCGAGCAUUUUUGGCUCCGCUUCAGUUCCAGAAGCAAUUUAUACGGACUAUGCUGCUGAGGCAGCAACCGAACAAAAAACACGUUUACAAAAAAGUGGGCAAUGGCAAAAGAUUUGAACGUAUCACAUACUAUGCACGUGACGAUUUCAAAGAACCGGAACAAAUGUCAGAACCACCAAAACUGUUUCGCGUGCAACGGUUUGCACCACUUGUACAUCGAAUCUAUUGGGAACGGAAAAUCUUAUUCGAUCUCGGGCUAAUAAACGAUACGAAAGACGUUGCAAUCGUGAAGAAUACACCCGAAAAUAAUGUUCUGUUGUGGAAAGUGAAGCAUUUAGUUUCAGUUGAACCAAUCACAUUCCCAUACGGUGAGCCAACUGAAGACGAUGUCAAACACACGAAAUUGAAUGAGAAUGGCGAAUGUAUCGUUCAUAAGAAGAUUGGAAUCGAUGAACGGCGUGUGGAAGAGGCGGAAAAAUUCAUCAAGGAUCCAAAACGAUUGGACCAAGAUACGCUCAAACGUGAAGCAUUGCUGCGUUGGGUCAGAAGUUAUUAAACUGUGCAGACUUUAUGAGAAUUAGUGUAUAAUAUUUGAAUUUUAUUAAACAGUUCAAUGGAAAUUCGAUUAAAAUUGAAUAAAAGUUGCGUAUAAAUUGAACAAAAAACGGUAUAAUUUGUUUUUUUAUGUACGAAUACUAAUAUACUUUUCGAUAAUAUUAAGAUCGCUCGUGGAAGGAGAUCGAUUGUAUACUUGAUCUGGCAAUUCGAUGUAUUUUUCAUAAGUGUUGAUUGAUUCCGCUUUGACCUGUGGCGCUGUCACUUGUUUAUAGUUAUCGCUACCAUAAUCACCUAGUGAAACUACAUUGACCAUUCGCUUGUGUCGGUUGUGCAACGGCUUCUUGGGAUUGUAUGUGCUCAUGGCAGCAUUUGACAUCAGUACUGUGCCCAUUUUGGCAUAUUGUUUGUAUUUGGCCAUAUCAACUCUGUUGGGUGGUUUCAAACUGGUUUGGUACACUUCAAUCAUUGGUGGAAACAUUGUGUUGAAAGUGAUACUUUUUGAUGGCGGUUCACUGUCCUCAGUGCCAACGGAAAUGUUUUGAGCGGUUGAACUCUCUAAAAUCGAAUCAUCUUCCGACGAUGUACCUUCGUCUGAACUGCUUGAGCUAUUUGUCGAGCCAGUUGAACUUUGACCGGUGAGUGAUGGAUUCUUCAGAAUGCCACGACCUUCACUGCGUCGCGUUGCCGGUACAAAUGGACUGAAAUUCGUACGAAAUGUCGGAGUGAAACAUCUUGCCAUCAAACUGAUCGUAAACGCAAUAUUUUCCUCAAAUGACGUCCACUUGUACGGAAUGUGAUAGCUCGAGUAAUAAUCUAUCAUUUCCAAGUCGCGUGAAUGCACACGAAUCAAUUCAUCGACCAUUUUGUUGCUAUCACAUGUUGAAUUUGGCAAAUGCUUCAAAAUGAAUGGACUAACCCAUUCGGUUAAUGGUUUUGAUUUUUUCAACUCCGUUUCGAUAUCCUUUUUGGCAUUGUGCAUGAAGUAAUCGGUCGACAAAUCCCAAAUCGGAAUGUUUUCUGGCAAUAGGAGAGAGGAAACAGAAAUUUGUUCAAAGUUGAGAAUUGGAAAAAUGAAGUAUUUGGAUAAAAAAAAAUGCAGCGCGAGUGUUUCUUGCUAUUCAAUGUGCGUUGAACGACGGAAAAAAAAUUACCCACCUUUGUUUUCUAAUGGUAUGAAGUAACCCAAAAAUAUGUUCAUACUGUGUUGUUUUUCUGUAUCGCUGAAUGUGUUUGAAUAAUACCGAGAUAGUGUCUAUAUUUCGUGAGAAGAACAGAGAGAAAAUUUAGAUCCUGUAAUGAAUUUUGGAUUCCAAAUUGAAUGCGGUAUACUUACUUGCAUAAAAUCAUUGCCUUGUGAUGUCCAUGCAGCCGUUUUACGAUACGUUUUAAUCCGAUGAACAAGUUGAGAGCCACCAUAUUGUAAAGCCAAUGUGUCACCAUGAUCUUCAUACAAACUCUCGAGCAUUGUAACGCAGUCUGAAUCAAAUUCCAGCUUCGGUGGUGCUUUGAGAAACCCAAGCCGAUGGAGCUGAUGGGCCAAUGCUGUAUAUUUAAUUCAAUAAGCAAUGUGUUGAAAUAUACAUUGUAGAGGUUUCAUUGCCAAUUUCAAGUGUAUACCUGUUUUCCCGAUGGCAAAUUGCGCUGUAUUCGUUCUGUCCAAGCAGUCAACACAAUUAACUCGUACGAUACCAGUUUGGAAUGACACAUCAUUUGAAUCUUUGAAGAACAGACCGGUUUUUUGCACAAAAUUCUCGGCAAAUUUGGCCAAGCUGCCCAUAACAUUACCGCCAUGACUUUUCUUUGUGAUAAAAUAAAGAGGAAAAUUAUUUAUGGAACUGAAAUUUUAUUUGUGCUUGUGUAUCAAUAUCACUUACUCUAGCCAUAUCAAAGUGAUGGUACUUGAUAUUAUGCUGUGGUGGCAGAAACUGAUUGAGAUAAUUGAUGGAGGUGGUCAUAUCAUCGGUUAGAAUACUUUCAUGGCGUCGUCUUUCGCGCUUCUUCACAAGAUUCAGUAUGAUGAUUGGUGCACCAAAAUCGAAUAAAAGUCGUGCAUAGUGUUUUCCCGCUGUUAUUGCAUAUGGAUCAGACAAGUCAAGGGAUAUUGGUGGUUUUGGCACCAUUUUGCUUAUAUCUUGUGACCAAUGCGAUGGAAUGGAACCUCUCAUUUGAGUGAAUGAACACAUACGGUGACCAUCUACAACGAUUUGCUCUGAUUCAACCUCGUUUGCCACAUCGCCAGCAAAAUUAGCGCCUCUUUUCAAGAAUCUCGUACCAGCAAAACGUGUACUUCGACGGGCUAUCAAACAAACGUACACAGACCGACCGAAAAUGCUGAUGUUUGAUUGUGAGAAAAAUCCAUGGAUCACUUCGACUUGCCAGUCACGAUUCAAAAUCACAGACAUCGGUUUUAGUAGAUGUGCAUUCCAUACGAAACGCUUACGAGACACACUUCGGAUGGCAUACUCCAUUUUUUCAUUUCGAUAGUUUUUUUGCUAGAAUUAGACAAGAUCAAAAACGAUUGAAAAAAUGCUUCUCAAAGUUGAUUUUCGUGUUGGCACAAUGAUGAAUAUUCUUUAAAAUACACAUGAACAUCCUUACGUAUGAAUUCCAAUCGGGUAAUGGUUCCUCAUUUUCAAUAUCAGCAUUUCCAAUGAAUCGUGGCGCUGAUAAGUUAUGCUGAAGAGUUUGUGUCAAAUCGUAACUGUAACUAAAGUAAAAGUUGCUGUUCAAAUCGAUGUUCGUGAACAUUCGCAGGUAUCGUUGUUCUAACGGAUGAGUUUGCUUUAUCGAUGGCUCACACACACGUAUCAUAACCGUGUCUUUGAUUGUGAAAAUUAUGUGUUUUCCAAUAACGCCACAUUUGGUUCGCUUUGUAAUCAGAAUCAUGUAAUAGCUUUCCAUAAAGCGAAUGAAACCCAACACACCGUAUGCACUGAUUUUCUGGAUGGAACAAAACAAGGUUUUACAUUUCCAUUUACGUUUAAUUGACUCAAUAAACUCUUACCUUGCACUGGCCCAGUGUGCCGACCAAAGUUCGAAUGCCUCUAGCAUCAUACUCACUGGGAUAUUCAUGGAAUUUCAGCUCAGUGGCAGCGGUUCGGUCUAGUUCCAAGCAGCGGAACUUUGUCUCACGGUCAUUACUGCCGACCAGCAACAAACGCUGAAUGAAAAAUAAGUUGAAUGUUAAAUUACUAAUACCUGGAAAAUGUUAUGAAAAAUGCUCAAUUAUUACCGUUUUCGUUUCAUACAAGGCAACCUUUUGGAUGGCACUGUUCACGGAGUGAAACGAGAUGUUAUUACUGUUAUUCAUUGUUUUGGAAUAAAUCUCAAGUUUUUGGGGAGUAUUCUCAUGACAGCAACACUGACAGAUUCGUGUCUUCAGCACAUUUGAACUCCAACUAUCGUUAAUCACUCAGACAUUGAUUCGUCAAAAUGCUUCGCAAUAAAUAUUUCCAAACAAAUUGUACACAAAAAAAAUCAAUUUAUCGAUUUUGUUACAUUUUCAAUGCAACAUAAGAAAAUAUGAAAAUCAUCAUCAUUAGACUUGAUUGUGUUUGUGCUGAAUAAGAUGUGAAGCUGUCAAAAACAGUUGUUCACCAAAUGUCAAAUGUGUCGCACGCUCAUUGGUCGGAGCAUUUGACAGCCAGAUACGGCAAAGCAUAUCGUGUCAUGCAACAAUAGCGUUAAAUGACACCGCCAAAUGAAGAAGAAAAAAAAACGUAUACAAGUUGUUCAAGACUACCACACAAGCAUCGCAGCGAGUUACAUGCAAGCCAUAGAGAAGAGAGAAAACAAAAACUAGAACAAACAAAUAACGUGAGGUGCGAUUUUUCAUUUUCGUGUAUUAAAUUCGACCAAAAUGUGGUAUUAGAUACGGUAGUCGUGUUAAAUUUCUAGUUUUUAGUCAAUUCUUAAGAAAAAAAAUAGUGAAAAGUUGUAUAAAUAUUG